UUGUAAGUGAGUGGAAAAGCCAAGGGAAUGCAUUUUUGUCCUAUUGUUCUAUCUGUGAAAUUAAAUGACACGUGUGAAUCAUGACAGGCUACAAACUUGAGCCGACUGCGAACUGGGGUAGGCUAGGUCGUUUCACGUCUCAGGCCCUCGGAGGAAGCCGAUUGAGAGAGGGGUGAAUGUGCUGCUAAAAAAAGGCAAAUCCGGGGGAAGCAGACGAACAUAACGAAUGAUUCUACUCGUUCACAAAGAGACAGGCGUGAUUAGAAACUCAGUCCGAUCAAGAAUAGGCCUAUAAGCGUUCUGAGCUUUGAUCAAUGCUGGGAAUAAUAUUUAGAUGUUGAUCCGUAACUUAUUUAUUGAUUGUGUAUCAAAUAUAUAAACAGGCUAUAUAUAGUUUUUAUUUUAUUUUUACAAAUGAGGAAAAAUGACCGAGGUCCGGAUCUCGUACUCAUAUGUAGUUACAGCUCUGUGUGUGCAGGUUAUGCUUUUAAUAUGACUGAAGGCUCUACUACCGACUGAAGCGAUGCGCUCGCCUUCAACCACCAAUUUCACGGCGCUGUUUGUUUGCGCAUGGCCAGUCGCUCUCGAGGUCUUUCCGUCUCACUCGCAACCGGCAUCUUUGUACAAAAAAAAUCUUAUCACUGGUGCAUCAACACCUGGGGUGUUCAGCAAAAUAAUUAAGGGUGGCAUAAUUUAACGACAUGAGCAGAUCCACUGAAUGUCGAUGGAGUCUGUGAAAUCCGUAGAGCUCCAUGAAUUGGGGGAUGGGGACAAGCGCGCUGCCUGCGAGGCCGCUACAACUCCGGGACAAGGUCCUCGGACAGCGCCCAGAGCUGGAAUCGAGAACACGUCAUAUCAGGAAGAAGAGCACGAGAUGAGGUUCAGUGACCCAGCCAGCUCGAGUGUUCAUCAGUCCAUGUCUAAUGAUAGGGGCUACCAGACACAACCCCAGCCUUUCCAGCGAAAUGAGCUGUCACCCCGGUCUGAGGAGGGUCAUGUGACUGACUUUAAUGACCAUUCUGUCGACUAUGGGUUCAUAUCUGCCCUGGUGUUCUUGGUGGGUGGAAUAGUACUGGUAAUCAUUGCCUAUACCAUCCCCAGAGAGGCUAAGGUCAACCCAGACCUGGUGUCAGCUCGUCAGAUGGAGAAACUGGAGAUGUACUACGCACAACUGGGCUCGCAUCUCGACAAGUGUAUCAUAGCAGGCCUGGGACUGUUGACUCUAGGGGGAAUGCUCUUGUCCAUCUUGCUAAUGGUGUCCAUAUGCAAAGGUGAGCUGUACCGCCAGAGGACUUUUGUCCAACCCAGGAAGACGUACGGGUCGAUUCACCUGCGGAUGAGACAGUUGGGCGAGGGGGCAGAAUCUAUUGUUGAAUGUGAACCUAGUCACACUGGCACCACAGCCCCAGCCAUAAGUACAGAUGGAACACAGAUGUCCAGUGGGACCCAACAGGAGUAGGACAAUCUGAGCACAUUUCUAUCCACAGACUAUGUGAAGGGUUGUAAUCAUUGCUUGAGGGGCUUUGUGAAAAGUGAAGCAAGCAAGGUAAGCUGAAUGUGGUUAAGACUAAGAGCACAUCUGGAACUACACAUCAUGUAUUGUUGGAUGUAGGAUCAAAUCAGAGACUGAGAUGGAACUGAAAAGCACAAUGGGCACCCUUGAGGAACUCAUUGUAUAGGCUAACUUGACAUGCUGUAAACAGAUGGCUAUCAGCAUCUUUUCAAGACUUGAAUAUAUGUCUGGAUAAUAUAUUUAUCACAUUGUUAAUGAACAAAACAUGUACAAUAUGUAUAGGCCUAUAAAUGCUGUUGUUGUUAUCAUGUACGGAUACAAUGCCUUAAAAAGUUAGUCACUGUAAAUUGUGUACACAUAUGCUAACAUUCUAAGCUCAUGUGAGCCAAUAAGCCAAGUUAAAUAUGUAGCAACUCACUGGAGCCACUUAACCUUUUGGUUGUUAUUAUAACGUGGUCUUGGCAAGAAUAUACAGCAGCACAAACAAUAACAUCGAAGCAAGUGAAAUGUUAGAUAUGCAUCAGAGGCUUUGGGCCAGGUUUUUGAUGAAUUUAAGAAAACAACAGAUUAUUUUAUUUCAUAAUGAUGUAGAAAUAUAUAUACCAAAUGUUGAGAACCGGCAACAACUUUUCCUCCAAAAUGUGUUAAGGAGAAUGUCCACACACACAUACCAUCAUGCAAGGUCUUGACCAAAGAAAUGGGGUCAUAAUUAUAUACUAUAAUUGUCCCAGUUGUUUGCUACAAAUUUAGCCUUUAUCUUUAAAAAUACAUUAGAGCCAUUUGGUAACAUAGAUCAUAUAUCAUAGAAGUCCUUAUGAAACUUUGCAAUGGAAUAAUGGAGCUGGAAGAAUAAAUCUCUCUCUUUCUCUCUCCCCCCUCUCUCUUUUCAAAUCAGCAUGUUAAACAGCAGCAGCACAAUAUUUAUUUAUUAUAAAUAUCAAACAUUCAUGAUAAUGAAAUAUAUCGCCUCCAGAUAAGUUAUUAUCCAAAUGAAAUAUUACUACAGACCAAAUUAUUUAAUGCAAACCAAAGCCUUUUCAAAUGAUUUAAUGGAGAAAGCUAAUCACUUCUAAAGAAAGUGGUAAGAACAAAGUACUAGUAUACAGAUUAUGAUUUUCUUACCAUCUGGUGAUGCAUUACAUAUAGAGCAACUGAAUGAGACAAUUUAUAAAGCUCAGAAAGAAUAUUAAUGAUUUAAAGCUAAGGCUCCUUUAACAUCAACUGAGGCUAAGGAUUUGGCAAUUUGUCUUCUCUUACAAUUCAACUGCGAAGUUGAUAUCCAUUCAGUGUAUGUAAUAAAUGUAAUAGCCCAACAUAAAAACACAUCUAAAUCAGAGUUUAUUAGUCACAUGCACAGGGUUAGAUGUGUUUGCAGGGUACAUUGAUAUUCGUAUGCUCAGCUCCAACAAUGCAGGUCAAAGAGAAGUGAGUGAAACAAUAAUAACAAAUAGUAUACACUCAUUGUUGGUCUAUAUUGGCAAGUGCACUUUUGGAAAGGAGGAGCACAUUUUCCUGGAAGAAAUUACAAAUAUCUGGCUUACUGCUAUUAGCCAUAUAUACUGUAAGUUAUGUAAAGGUGGCCAUUGUUUUAAUUUUGAAUCAUGGAGUUAAUAUUAUAUUCACAACAAAUAUAGACAAUAUAUCAGAGAAUUAAGUUUACAGAUAUUUAACAACUAUUUAUAUACAGAACCAUUGUUGGAUCAAUGUAUCGUAGAAAAUAUUUGACCUCCAAUUGCUGCUGUUCACGUCAUAGGCCUACUCAUAAGUACUGUACAUUGAUGAAACUUGCAGAGUAAUCUAGCCGUAGAUAUCAGUUCAAGGUUUUAGGAGGCUUUUUCUUAUGGUGUUUUCAACAAUCAAUAAAGUGUCUGUCUAUAGGUUAUGACCAAGAGUAAUGUUGCAUUGCUUGUUAUUCAAACUGUUAAAUAGAGAGGAUCCGUUGAAUGUCCAUGUUAAUCUGAUUGUGUUUGAUGAAUGUUAGGUAAUGUUGUAUUACUACAGAGAUGUUGGACUCAUAAAGGCCCUGCUAGUCUUAAGUUUUCAGUUAUUACACGUGAAUACAUACAUUUCACAUAUGCACAACUGGAAUACACUUCAAUACCUUCUCACUUAGUUUGGGUACCAGUCUUUUUGCCAUCAUGCCACUCUUUGCCACUCUUUGUCAUGCCAAAGACGACAAUGAGUUGACAUGAUAGCACCAACAUGAUCUGGGACUAGGCUACUUCUCACUCAAAAAGGUGAACAACUGUAGCAUCACAAUAAUGCUCACAGUAUUCAUAUUAUGGUUGAUGCAAUACUGAUGUAUGUUGACAUUUGACGAUUGAAUGACGGUUAGCAUGAUAUCAUCUUCACAUUUUACACACAAAAACCACACAAGAACUUAUGUUAUCACAAUUACAGUUGAAGUUGGAAGUUUACAUAUACCUUCGCCAGAUACAUUUAAACUCAGUUUUUCACAAUUCCUGACAUUUAAUCCUAGUCAAAAUUCCCUGUCUUAGGUCAGUUAGGAUCACCACUUUAUUUUAAGAAUGUGAAAUGUCAGAAUAAUAGUAGAGAGAAUGACUUAUUUCAGCUUUUCUUUCUUUCAUCACAUUCCCAGUGGGUCAGAAGUUUACAUACACUCAAUUAGUAUUUGGUAGCAUUGCCCUUUAAAUUGUUUAACUCUGGUCAAACAUUUCAGGUAGCCUUCCACAAGCUUCCCACAAUAAGUUGGGUGAAUUUAGUCCCAAUCCUCCUGACAGAGCUGGUGUAACUGAGUCAGGUUUGUAGGCCUUGCUCGCACAUGCUUUUUCAGUUCUGCCCACAAAUUGUCUAUAGGAUUGAGGUCAGGGCUUUGUGAUGGCCACUCCAAUACCUUGACUUUGUUGUCCUUAGGCCAUUUUUCCACAACUUUGGAGGUAUGCUUGGGUCAUUGUCCAUUUGGAAGACCCAUUUGCGACCAAGCUUUAACUUCCUGACUGAUGUCUUGAGAAGUUGCUUCAAUAUAUCCAUAUAAUUUUCUUGCCUCAUGAUGCCAUCUAUUUUGUGAAGUGCAGCAGGCCCUCCUGCAGCAAAGCACCCCCACGAAAGGAUGCUGCCACCCCUGUGCUUCAUGGUUGGGAUGGUGUUCUACAGCUUGCAAGCCUCCCCUUUUUCCUCCAAACAUAACAAUGGUCAUUAUGGCCAAACAGUAAAAAAUGUGUUUCAUCAGACCAAAGGACAUUUCUCCAAAAAGUACAAUCUUUGUCCCCAUGUGCAUUUGCAAACCGUAGUCUGGCUUUUUUAAUGGAGGUUUCGGAGCAGUGGCUUCUUCCUUGCUGAGCGUCCUUUCAGGUUAUGUCGAUAUAGGACUUGUUUUACUGCGGAUAUAUAUACUUUUGUACCUGUUUCCUCCAGCAUCUUCACAAGGUCCUUUGCUGUUGUUCUGGGAUUGAUUUGCACAUUUCACACCAAAGUACGUUCAUCUUUAGGAGACAGAACGUGUCACCUUCCUGAGCGGUAUGAUGGCUGCAUGGUCCCAUGGUGUUUAUACUUGCGCACUAUUGUUUGUACAGAUGAACGUGAGGUUUUUCUGAGGUCUUGGUUGAUUUAUUUUGAUUUUCCCAUGAUGUCAAGCAAAGAGGCACUGAGUUUGAAGGUAGGCCUUGAAAUACAUCCACAGGUACACCUCCAAUUAAUUAUGUCAAUUAGCCUAACAGAAGCUUCUAAAGCCAUGAAUUCAUUUUCUGGAAUUUUCCAAGUUUUUUAAAGUCACAGUCAACUUAGUGUAUUUAAACUUCUGACCCACUGGAAUUGUGAUACAGUGAAUUAUAAGUAAAAUAAUCUGUCUAUAAACAAAUGUUGGAAAAAUUACAAGUGUCAUGCACAGAGUUGAUGUUGUAACCGACUUGCCAAAACUAUAGUUUGUUUAACAAGAAAUUUGUGAAGUGGUUGAAAAACAAGUUCAAAUGUAUAUAAACUUCCGACUUCAACUGUACAUUAUCAUCAAGGUAGCCGCCACACUGUUUUCCAAACAAUCCUGUUUGUUUUGGAUUCAUCUUAAAGUGUAGAAAGGCCCUCAAUGUUAACAAAAAAUUAAGGACACAAAACCUUUAAGGAAGUGGAUACAUCCUGAGACCUUGGCAAACUGACCAGUGAUAACUCAAUUGAUUUUAAGUUAUUAACCCAUGAUAAUGAUCAGCACAGCAAAAUGAACUAGCAUGUUUAUGGAUCAGUAAAGGACAACUUUGUGUACCAUCGACUGUUAGCCAAUGUGUGUCUUGUUCUUAAGGAGCAGUCAUACAGUUACUUAGUGAUGAAGUCUUAUGUGGCGAUAGAAGAGUAAACAGAGAGUAAGCUGUUGAAACUGCAUGUGUGUUUUGUGAGAUAUUGUGAAAAUCCAAUGCCCCAUUUUUGUUGCAUUUAUGAUAUAUCUAAGAGCUGUAUAUGUGAACAUUUUAAAGAAUAAUUUCAGUAUGACAAAUAAACCUUUGUUGCUCUUGUU